AAUAGCAUACUACCGCGCUAAUUGCAGACGAUAAUAUACCAAUUUCGACUUCAGUGUGUUAUUGAACAUUCAACUGUACAGUUCAUGUUUUACUAUAACCGCAAACCUGUGUCACGUUUUGGACUAAUAUUUAUAGCAUUAUCUGUUUAACACUCGUAUUAUAUAGCUAAUGUUUUCUGGAUUAUAAGUAUAUUGUUUUCGGUUUUUGAUAGAGCUAUGGCGCAUGUCAUACGGGGGUCACUGCACAUUGCGCAAGGGUCAACAAUUCUAUGCCGGGGAGUUUAAGAAAUACUGGAGAGUGAAAAGUUGUGUCUAAAAUGUCAAGAAGGAAGCAAUCUAACCCAAAGCCAUUCAAAAGGCCAGAAGAUGAGGAUGAUGAAAGUGAUGCAGCAUCGAAAUUAGACCAAUCAGAUGAAAUGAAAGAAAUGGAGGGUAACCAAUCAGAGAGUUCCUUACAUAGUGAUUCAGAAAAUGAACCAAUGGAAAUGGAGAAUGAAGAAAUUAAAAGGGAAGUAACUUCACCUGUACAAGUCAAAGAGGAGAGAACUGAUGAUAUUGAAAAUUGUUACCAAGUAACUGAAAAUAAACCCAAAUAUGGUGAAAUGUCCCCCAGACGUCAGGAAGUAAUGAAAAGACUGAACUUUCCUGCUGAUUUGUUGACACUUAGACAAGUUGAUGAAGCAGAGUUUUUACAGACUGGAAUUCCUUGGUCUGUGAUUUCUGUAACAGCUUUACCAAAAGGGAGCACUGUUGGCCCCUAUCAGGGAGAAACUGUGGCGCUCAGUUCCAUAAAACCAGGAGAGCUUGUUUUACAGUUUCAAGGCAGUGAUGGAGAGUUCUCGUUCAUCAAGGUCACAGAGGCGACUGGCGCCUGGUUGUCUUUACUAAGACCCGCAGAUCAUGCAAACACCCAUAAUACACAGGUUGUCUUUGAAGUGGAGGAAAUUAAAGAAUCUAAAGUAUUUCUUUAUCCAGUCAUAAUUUAUAAUUCAGGAGGAAGAAUAUGGUGUGAAAUUGUCGAAGAUCUGGAACAAGGGACAGAACUCCUAGCAUCUUUUACAACAAGUGAGGAAGAGUCGUCUGCUUCUAACAGGGAGAAAUCAUGUGCUGACAAAUCCGAGGCCCCAGUGAGGGAAACAAGAACAACGCCAGUUGUAUUAAAGAAACCAGAAUCAAAAUCUGUACCUCAUGUAACUCCUCAGCCAGCUUUGAUCUAUGGUUGUCCAUUCUGUGGAGUGCGGUUUUCCAGUCGCCGCACCCUGGAAGCCCAUCUCACUUACUACUGUUCCAAGAAGCCGCCAGAUUUUGUGAGCCUACAGGAAUUACACCAACAGCUACAGCAGCAGGCACGUGCGUUACUGGAGAAACAAGUUCAGCAACCGGACGAAGACUUGCUAGGUAAGACUAGUCCAGUAAUGAAAGCUGAUCAAGUAUCACCACGAGGUACAAAAAGACAGUUCGAUGAAAAAUCUGGCGAGUCGUCAGAGAGUAAUUCCUCAGAUUCUGAGGAAUCAAAACAAAAAUCCAAAUCUGGUGAGCUGUAUAGGUGUCCUUCAUGUAACUACACUACCGACAGAGCUUCAAGUCUCCAAUUACAUCAAAGGACUCAUCUAGCAGACGCAGCCAGAGAAUCAGAACGUCUGUCCGUGUCACCGCUCAGCCAGGACGAGACUUUUUGCAAAGAAUGCAAAAUUCAGUUCUCCUCAGUCAGUACGUAUCGUGGGCAUAAGGAGUUUUAUUGUCAGUAUCGUCUCUCUGGUGAAACAAAAAAUGAUGACAAUAUCAGUGAAAUGGCAUCACCUGGUUCUAGAGAGUCAAGUACCGAGUUAAACCUGAAAAUGUUGAAGUCACAGCAUUUAUCUUUGGAUGGAAAGAGUCAGAUAUUAGGAGCAAAAGGACAGCUAAAUCCAGCUUUAUUGGCAUCCAAUCCCAUUCUUGCUUCUCCAUGGUUUCUUCAGGACUUCUUUUUGAAGAAUAAGCAGCCAGAGGGAAUAACUAGGUCUAGGCAUAAAAGUUCAUCCUUAAUGACUAGUCCUGCCAGUGUUGAAAUUUCUUCAAAUCACAGAGCAGAAGAUCAACCUUUGGAUCUGAGUAAAUCCAAGUCAGAUAAAGAUGAUAGUAAUUCAGCAAAUGACUUUGCUGUGAAAUCUGUGAAAAGUGAACAGGGAAGUCCUCCGGCUCAGCUAAGUCCUGCUGCAAAGAAAAUGAAACUGAAUGAAGAGAAGACGGUGGAUCCAGCGGUUCAGACUUCAAAAACUCCACUAAACAUUCCAUCCUUACAUUCUUCUUUGUUGCUAGGCAACCAAGUCCAGUAUGUCAACAAAAAACCAAUUCCUCCGCUUCAGUCAGUGAGUAGGUGUGUUGAAUGUAACAUUGUGUUUUAUAAACACGAGAACUAUCUUAUUCACAAAGAACAUUACUGCUCUGGCAGACGUGGAAAUAAGGAUUCCUCAUCGUCAGAUUCUGACAAUGGAGAACAGGAAAUGAAGGAUUCUGAAGCGACUGAUCGAUCAAAAUCACAUGCUAGCACAGAAACUCUUUCAAAAAUGAAAAGUGAUGUGACAGCGAAAAGUCUGGGGGAUAGGCAACAAGAGUCAACCCCGAGAGAUGAAGUGUGUUACAGAUUUUACUGCAUUCCUUGUAAAAUCAAGUUCAGUUCGGCAGGAACUCUGAAAGCACAUAAGGAAUUUUACUGUCCCCAUGGAAAAGAUAGCAAUGAGAAUAGCAGUGACAAAGACAGUUUUGACCGCGAUGGAGAAAGGUCUAGUCCAAAUUCUAGUGACCUUUCGACAUACCAAUGUGAAAACUGUAAAACUGAUUUCUGUUCAGCGAGGUUGCUGAAACUUCAUAUAUGUAUGUGUGAGAUGGCUCCUGCCCCUUUGUUAAGAUGUUUAUACUGCGACUAUGUGACACAAACUGAAAAUCGUCUCUCUGAACAUAUGAAAGUGCACGUCCCUACAAAAGCAUUCAAAUGUAAUAUCUGUGGUUACCGUGGUAACACAGCGAGAGGAAUGAGAAUGCAUGGAAAAAUGCAUGUUGAAAAUGGUGAAGAAUUUACUGAUGACAAUAUGAUAGAAUUUGAGGAACCUCCGCUAGUACCUAUACAAAAGAAUGGUGUGUGUGAAAAAGGUCCUGUCGAUAUGGAAACAGAAUUGAUUAGAAUGAAAAAUGAGCCGUAUAAGAGGAGAAGGUCAAGAAAAUCUUUUGAAAAAUCAGAAAAUAUGGUUCCUUUCCUUGGACAAAACAUGUUAACCCAGAUAUGUGCAGCUUGCGGUCAGACAUUUGGAAAUGUUAGCGACUUUGUUAUUCAUUUACGUAUGCAUGAAAUAGCAGCAUUAGAGGCCAUGAAAAACUUGAAAAGUUUACGAUGUGAGCAUUGCAGUGAAUACAUUGCGGAUUCUCUCACUAGUUUACUUAUACAUAUGCAAACAAAACAUCCUGAACAAUUGCCUGGAACAAGUAAAACAGAACAUAAUGGACAGGUGGAAAAUGAAAGGUCACAGUCACGUGAUAGUCAAAUAUCAAAUGGAAGGUCAAGGUCAAGCUCAGUUGAAAGUUCAAGGACAAAUAAAACAUAUUCUAGUCAUGAAAAAUCGGAUUCACCACAGAAGCCAAGAGAAUGGAGAAAUGGUGCAGACGUCACUAUAAAUGGUAACAAUGUAAAGCAAGACCCUGAAUCAUUUGAUGAUGAUAAUGUUAAUGGUAAUUCCCUUGAUGGAAACAAUGAAAACAUACCAAGUGGAUAUAGAUCUAAGAAUAAAAAUGAUCUGACAGAUAUUAAAAAAUCUCGGAGUUCCCCACCCAUAUCACAAGAUUUAAGAUCUGGAGAUCAUAGUGUAUCUGUAAAGGCUGGUUCCCCCUCAUCUCAAAGAUUAUCACAAACAUCACCCAGGGAACCAGUUCGGUCUCCACAACUUCCUUCUCCACCAUCACUUCCUGUCAAAUCAGAACCAAAAUCACCUCCAUAUGAUAGAGAGCAGUCUAAAUCCUUGUCUCCACCAAAGAUCACAACGUCCCCUACAAGUCAUGAAAAAUUGUCUCCAAAGCUCAUGUCCCCUGACCCUAAAACCAGGUACUUGUUAAGCCAAAAUGCAUUCAAUAUCAAGAGGGAACAAACCACGCCACCAAGAACUGAAACCCCAAAGAAGUCUCCCCCACCCCUGAGUCCUAGAACACCAAUUGCCUCUCCAAAAUUGGUUGUCCCGCUAGGUUCCCAUUCACCCAAACAUACAAAUAUUCCCCUGCUGUAUCCUCAGACCCUUCUCUCACCAUACCACUUUCCCCCAGGGAUCCCUUUAUCAUUUAUACCAACCCCGGGUCUCCAAACAAGUCCCCCAAUACCGUCUAGUGCUAGUGAAAAACUUGGGCGAAAAUAUUGUAAACAUUGUGAUAUAAAUUUUACAUACUUGUCAUCAUUCCUUACCCAUAAGAAAUAUUAUUGUAGUGCUAGAACAUCGGCAGAGGACUCUGAGAGCCCAACUGCCACUGCUUAAUGUUGCCAUAGUUACUGUUAUAUUGUUGUCAUAGAUUCCAUUAUUGUUUAUACAUUAAAUGUUUUAUUACAUUAUGUUGAAUCAACAUUUAUUUUUAAAUAUUGUCUGUUUCCUCACUUUUUUCCACCAUUAUAAAUUUGAUUUGCUCUUUUUUUCUACACAAACCGUAUUACCAUUCACUGGGCAUUCAUGUAUGGAGCUGAUUUAUUCUGUAAAAGGGUGUUACAGUGAUACAUAUUAUGACAGAAAGUAACGUUUAAUAGAUU